UGGCAUCAUGGGAAGACCGCUAAUCAUUGGCGGCAGGAGAUCCAGGUCUGGGCAGUGGCCCUGGCAGGUUUCUCUUCAAAUCGUCACGUCCACUACUCCUUGGCAUAGGUGCGGGGGCGUCUUGGUGCACGCCCGAUGGGUUCUGACGGCAGCUCAUUGCGUGGAGGGAUCGUUUUACGGUGACAUUCGUAACUGGCGUGUUGUUUUGGCAGACUAUGACCUUGACACUGUUUCUGGAAAUGAGAUUUACAGAGAUGUCGUGAGGAUUAUAAGUCAUCCUGAUUAUGUAAGGACCAGCAACUUCCCCAACGACAUAGCCCUGCUGGAACUGGACACACCUGUAGACUUGACCUCUGGGGAGGUUCAGACGGCGUGUCUUCCAGAAAAGACUUUACCGCUCGGGUCUGGGACACAGUGCUGGAUCAGUGGAUGGGGAGAAACCAGAGGUUCUGGAGGUGCUGAGAACAUGAUGAACGAAGUGCCCGUUGAUGUUGUGCCCCUCCAAGAGUGCCAGCAGAUGUGGGGCAAGGUCAGCAUCGACGUCCUUGAGACACAGGUCUGCUUAGGUUACGGCGAAACUGGUGCUUGCUAUGGUGAUUCCGGUGGUCCCCUGAUGUGCGAGGACCAGGGCCGGUUCUACGUGGCUGGAGUCAUGUCGUGGCUCAUCAACAACUGCUCGGCCACCAACUUCCCCAACGUGUUCACCAGGCUGCCCAACUACAUGGACUGGGUGUACGAGCACCUCGAUUACUUCGAGUGGUUACGAUACUUGUAAAUAUUGGAAUCUAUACAGAAUCGACACACUGAAGAAAAUCGAUUACAUUGAGGAGGAAACGACACUUACAAGCAUUCGCAACUGUAGCGAAUGAAAGAAAAGGAACUCGAUUACUUUGUGAAUCUGUGAUACUUGAAAUGUGACCCGAAAAAUCGGACUAAGAAAAAAGCAAGAGAGAAAGAUCUACAAUUAAUAGAUGUAAGGUCGACAUAGGAAGCUAUCUACCGAUACAAUAUAGUAGACAGGAAACUGAUGUACACUAACCAGAUCUACUUAAAACAAUGUUUUUUUUUGUCUUAGAUUUUUUUCUGUAACCAAAAAGUUUAGAUCCUUCCUAAUGUAUUCGACACUUGUUUUAAACAAACGAAUCAAUUCUGUAAAUAUCUUAUUGAACUAGAUGAUCACUAGAAGAAGUUAAAAGAAGUAAAAGAAAUGUAAUCUCAUGAACUAAAACUGAACAUUGUGAGAAAGAAAUGGAUCAAACUUUAAGGGCUAUGCGAAACCUUUAUAGCUAACAUCUCACUACCCUAAGAGACAUUCCAUGAUGAUUGGUACUGGUCAUAGACUUAGAAUGUCUUUAUAGAAUGAGUACAUUUUAUGCACAUGCCAUUCAGAGCGCCAACUUACGACACAGUACAGAAAUACAGCCAUCAUGAUCUUCAUUAAUAUUAUUUAUAUUAUAUUAGUCAUUUAAGUUAUUUGAGAUCAAAAGUGUGAUUUCUUUUUUUUUUUUUAUUUAAACAAUCAUUCUUCUUCCUAUCAUUCUAAUGAGGUUUCUUAGUAUAUAACUGUUAUUUUGUUUGUGUUGUCAAUUUAUAAUUAAUUGUUGUUUUUUUUUAUAAUUCUACCCUUCUUUUAUACAAGUUUAACAUUGAUAGACUAGAUUUUGUACUAAUAAGCUAGAUUUUUUAAACGUUGCUAUUUAUGUCGAUUGAGAGCAGUAUUUAUGUGUAAUAAGUGCAGUAUUUAUGUCUAUUGAGUGCAGCAUUGAUGUGUAUUGAGUACAGUAUUUAUGUCGAUUGAGUGCAUUGUUUAUGUCUAUUGAGAGCAGUGUUUAUGUAUAUUGAGCACAUUAUUUAUGUCGAUUGAGUGCAGUGUUUAUGUCUAGUGAGAGCAGUAUUGAUGUGGAUUGAGUGCAGUGUUUAUGUUUAUUGAGUGCAAUGUAUAUGUGUAUUGGGUGCAAUAUUUAUGUGUAUUGAGUGUAGUAUUUAUGUGUAUUGAGUUUGUUAUAUUGUUGUCACUUGUAAAACAGUACGAGAGUGAUUGUCAAAAUAGUUUGAUUGUAAUAAAUGGCACUUCCUUUAUAACAUCACUUAGCAGCUUGAAACUUGAAUGCAAGCGUUGUUGAUAUUGUAAAUAAUUUAACGUAGUGUGUACAACAUUAGCAAAACAUUCAACUAUAAGAUUAUUGGUUCAAGAGUCUUGUUAUUAAGAUAAUAGAUUCUAAUAAUUGUAAUCAUGUAUUCACUUCUAUUCUUUUUUCGUUUGCAAGUACAUUCGAAUCUGUCAAAUCGGAUUGAAUCCUUGAGUUCCCUUAACAAAUCCUCUUAUACUAUACUGUUUAAUCCGCUUUAUGGGACCACCCGGUUAAAAGGACACAAGCGAUUGUGACCUAAUGUGGUCCAAAUAAACGGAAUCGUUUGUAUUACAGUAGGGGAUUUAAGGUUACUGUGUUGCCUUAAACAAAUUAAGAACAGAUUUCAGACUGUCUUUACAUGUCAUGCGCAGUGACCCAAUGUGUAUUCAUACUUACAGUAUGCCUUAACACUUAUAUUCAUAUCAUUUUAACUAUAAUUCCAUUUUCAUAAGAUUUGAAAGGUUUAAGUUUCUAAGCUUUGCCUGUGUUUUUUUUUUAAAUCUCAUCUUUGUAGUAAAAUAAAUGUCUGUGUUUUUUUUUCUAACUCAUCUUGGUCGUAAAACUCACCCGGUGAAACCUGAUGUUAAUUCAUUGCUGGAGUUUUACACGAACACGACGGAAUACUGUAUAUAAUGUUGACGCUUUGACACUACGUUUAUAUUACUGUACAUUAGAUUACACAUUGUUACUCAUCUUAUGUUAAACCAUGUGAUAUUUUGAUUCGUUACGUCUGCUAAUCAUAACUGUGAGUUAUCAAGUACUUUGUACUUGUGUGAUAAGCUAAAUGAAAAAAAAAUGUUAAUUCAAGAACGUCUGGAGUUUGACUGUGGUGGAAUAUUUGUACAAUGAUUGUUUUUAUUAUACUGAUACUUAUUAGCACGCUCACAGAAGUAAAUUGGACUAUACUGACUUGUUCAGUGGGUUAAGUUAUUUUAAUGAAAAAGGAUUAAAAAAACAUUUCUUUUCACAGUAUAAAUGUUAAAUAUGUCUUUUUAGUCAAAAUUACCUAAUUUUCUUACCAAACAAAACACGAGCUCUUUUUAAAUAUUUAAAUUAUUAAAACAAUUAAAAUUCGCUGUUGCAUUAACACUUAGAUACACAGAAAGGUUGAAAUAAUGUAUUAGAAAAUUGAAAAGAAAACUAGUUUGUAAUGAAGAGAGAGAGAGAGAGAGAAAGAGAGAGAGAGAAAGAGAGAGAGAGAGGGAAAGAGAGAGAAAGAAAGAGAGAGAAAGAGAGAGAGAGAAGGGAAAGAGAGAGAAAGAGAAAGAGCGAAAGGGUGCAAGAUAAUCCGUGUUAGUUACUCUAAAAAAAAUGUAAAUAUUUUAAUGUUAUCUUAAUGUUGGUCAAUUGUACAUAUUUCUUUUUGUGGUAAUUAUAAAGAUACUUUUUUUUUUUUUUUUACAAAUUAUUCAUUUAUCAUUAAGUUUUUUUUGUCUUCCGUCUGAGUGGUGAAGACUUCAAAUUCACAUUUCUGAUUUAAAAAGCAACACCAGCCGUUUGCAUUUCAUAUUUAGAAUGCAUAGUACUGUACAAGCUUUUUACCAUCUGAUAACUUACUUUGAUGACUCACUUUGAUUGACUCACUUUGAAGACUCACUUUGAUGACCCACUUUGAUGACUCACUUUGAUGAUUCACUUUAAUGACCCACUUUGAUGACUCACUUUGAUAACUCACUUUGAUAAUUCACUUUGAUAACUAAUUUUGUAUGUACAUUAGAAUUAGCAAAUUUUUUUUUACUUUUUAAAUGUGAAUACAUUUUGUAACAAUUUGUACCUAACUUUGUAAGUAUCUUUGAAUUUUGUUACAUUUUAUACUGCUUUCUGAAUGUAUAUUUCAAUUAAUUCUCUACGCUAUGUAUGUAACAUUGUUAUACAUUAGAAUUUGUUAAAUAUUUGCUUUUUUUUUACUGAACUUCAUAACUGAGCUUGAAUAUUUUUUUUGAGCUCUUGUACUUUAAAUUACAUUUGAAUGUAUAACACAUGAAUUAUGAACUGAAUAACUUGUUUGUACUGAACUUUUUUUACGAAACUGAACAUUUGUACUUAUUUGUACGUACCAUAGAUUUACACAGUUUGUACUUAUCUAUGGCAA